GUCUGGCCUUUUUUCAACGGCCUCCCUGCCCCCUGCUUGUGCGCGCUCCCUGGGAGUGCGCAGCACUGCGAUCUGCGCCUGCUGUGUCCUCCGGGAACAGUGGAACACCGAUUGUCGGAAGGGACCUCUGUGCGAGGUCCCGAUCAUGUGAUCACCGAUUGGCCAAUCAGUGAUCACAUGAAGAGUAGUAAGCAAUAUGUCACUUCUGACAUCAUUGCUUACUACGUGUGAAAUUUGUGAAUGAUCACACAGGUCACAGGGUACAAGGCUAUUCACAACAGCCUUGUACCAUGUGAUAAGCUGUGACCGAUCACAGCUCUC